AUGAUUCCUUUUUUACCUGCAUUUAUAAGUUGUUAUUUUAGUAUACCGAUACAACAUUUUUAUCUUUCUCUAUCAUUAUUUGAUUCUCAACAAAUUUAUGAAACCAUUCAAGAUAAACAUUGUCCAUAUCAACAUUUAGCAACUACAAUUUACCGCCAACAAGAACCACAAUGUACGUGUUAUUAUGAGCAUAGUGAACAAAAAUAUCCAACAACAACUCAUGAGAAUGAAAUUAAAUUUAAAUAUUAA